AUGGCUGGGGAGGCGCCGGGGCCGCCGGUGAAGGUGCUGGCCGCCCAGCUGCGGGGGGCCGUGCGGGGCGCCGGCGGGACGUGGCAGCUGGGCCGGGCGGAGGCGGGCCGGGCGCCGCUACGCCUGCGGGCCGUGUGGAUGCAGGGCACCGUGCUGGAGGUGGAGCGCGGCGGCGCCCGCGGCGGCUCGGCCCGGCUGCAGGACGGCAGCGGCCCCUUCACCGUGCUGGGUGUGGAGGAGGUGCCCAAAGGGCGGCCCUGCCUCAGCGCAGGGAAGUACGUAAUGGUGAUGGGUGUGGUGCGGUCCUGCUGUCCUGAGCCUAUUCUUCGAGCAAUAAAGAUGACAGAUCUUUCUGAAAACCCCAUACAUAAGACUAUGUGGAGCCUUGAAGUGGAGGAUUUGCACAGAGUCAUCCCCUAGAUACUUUUCCUUCUGCCUAAAAUAACUGGAAAUGUGGGGUUUUUUUGGUUUUUUUUUUUUUGGUGCAGAACAUUGGGCCGUUCUGUGUAUUUGUGGUUUCAAACAACCACCAGUUACUUUUGGAGUAAACCGAAGAGAGAAGUCAGGCUCAGAGUCAAGUGGAGGGAUCUGUGCAUGUCUGAUAAUCAUCACAGUGUUUAUCUCCUUCACGUUCUCCUUUUGUACCACUUAUUACCACUUGUUAUAUGUAACACUUAUUUGAUGCUUUCUGAGUAACAUGUCUCUGCUAUCAAGAAUACUAUGUUUCUACAUGUGUUAGUUGCUGUUUCUAGGAACGUGUGUUUAGAUAGUCAUUCCUAUAGCGGUGUAUUCUUGGCAGCAAGAGUUGCACAGAACUCCUGUUACCAGGGUGAACUCAAUACGUGGAAUGAAGGCAAAAUGUGUUUUAGUCCAUUUAGAUUGCGGUUGGAAAUAACAUCUUCGCCUGUGUUUUCUCUUUCAGUAAUAACCAUGUCAGUAAACUCUACUUGUAAGA